ACUGACCACGUGGCGCGGGUCACUCCGGGCUCGCCUCUCAGCCCGCUCCGUCUCCCUCCGCGCGCUCUCGCCAUGGCGCCGCUCGCCGCUCCGAGCUCCCUCCUGCUCCUCCUGCUCCUCCUGCUCUUCGUGCUCGGACUCGCGGGGCUCAUCGCCUUCGCCUGGAUGAGGCCGCGGCUCCGGCGGUACGUGGCGGGCAGGCGGUGCCCCUCGGCGGCGCGCGUGGACGGGAAGACGGUGGUGGUGACCGGGGCGAGCAGCGGCAUCGGCAAGGAGACGGCGCUGGAGCUGGCCAGGAGAGGUGCACGAGUCAUCAUGGCGUGCCGGGACACGCGCAAGGCCGAGGCGGUGGCAAGCGAGUUGCGCGCGCACUCGGGGAGCCACGAGGUGCACGUGCGGCACCUCGACCUCGCCAGCUCGGCCUCCAUCCGUGACUUCGCACAGAAACUCCUGCAGGAGGAGCCUCGGGUGGACGUCCUCAUCAACAACGCCGGCGUAAUGAUGUGCCCCUACCAGAAGACGGCCGACGGCUUUGAGAUGCAGCUGGGAGUGAACUACCUGGGCCACUUCCUGCUCACCCACCUCCUGCUGGACGCGCUGCGGCGCGCCGGCGGGCGCGUGGUGUGCGUGGCGUCGCUCGGGCACAUCUUCGGCCGCAUCUCCUUCUCGGACCUCAUGUCGGCGCGCUGGUACUCGCCAGGGCUCGCCUACUGCCAAAGCAAGCUGGCCCUGGUGAUGUUCGUGCGGAGCCUGGCGAGCAGGCUGCAAGGCACCGGCGUGUCGGCGUUCGCGGUGCACCCCGGCACGGUGCACUCGGAGCUCCCGCGUCACUCGAAGCUCAUGACGCUGGCCUGGUGGCUCUUCUCCCCGUUCAUCCGCACGGCUGAGCAGGGAGCGCAGACCUCGGUGUUCUGCGCCGUGGCCCCCGAGAUAUCGGCGCUGUCCGGGGGAUACUUCAGCGACUGCGCCGAGGCGGCGGUGGCGUGGCAGGCGCGCCGCGACCCCACGGCGCGGAGACUCUGGGCCGAGAGCUGCCGGCUGCUGGGCGUUCGCUGGGAGUGAGCGGCGUCGCGCUUCUGGGGACCGGUCUCAAGGACCCUCCCUCCCCACAACUCGAGCACCAGCGGCGCGGCUGGAACAGCGUCGUGCGCCACGUACACGCAGCCAGACGCACGCACGGACGUCGCGCGCGCACACACAGGCAGACACGUACAGGCAUGUACAGACGCACGUAAUGACACAGGCAAAUGCUCGCAGACGCUUACAGGCAGCUAUUCAUCACAGAUGGUGGCUGCGAGCAUAAAUCAAACUCUGGCAGCCAGGUUAGUUACGCGGGGCGCCAAGCACUGUGCCGCCACUCCACCCAAAGACAAAGAUCCCCUGUAUAGUCUUUCCAGACUAUUGGGGCAAGUGCUACAAGCGGCACACGAGAGAGUGGGUGGCCAGCACCACGCCCGGCCGCCUUUGUCUCCCUUAGUGGCAAUGUGUACACACUGCACCAGGUACUCGUUUGAGGCUUAGUCGACCUCGAAGAAGCCCUGGACCGUUCACCACUGUUAAUGGUGGCAAGCGGGAAUCGAACUCCGGUCGCCGGGUUCGUAGCGCGGCGCGCUAACCGUUACACUGCCGCUGCACGCACGCACACGCACACACCCAGACAGACGCACACGCACACACCCAGACAGACGCACACGCACACACCCAGACAGAUGCACACGCACAUUGUUUACAUGGGUGGAGGCGGUGUCCGGCAAGGGCCUCGUGUCGGCUCCACGCGGCGCGUGCUCCUCCUUUCAGAGGGCCUCCCGCAGGCCGCGUGACUCGCCGAGAAACAGUCGCGUGCCAUUAAACGCCGCGUCAAGGACA